UCGCCAGAAAACAAAUUAAGGAAAAUGUUAACCCUUAGAAUAAAUCAUUUGAUCAUCCCUGGUGGGUCCACCACCUAACUUCUGGAUGUUUUUCCAUUUCCUUUUUAAAUCUUUCUGCAUCAUUCUCUUUGAGUAAAAAUCUUCUCCAAAAACCAUUCUCUCUCUCUCUCUCUCUCUCCCACAUGAACCUUCUUUGAAGCUACAAAAUAAACACCCGGCCAAGAAGUUUUUCCAUCUUCCACAACCAAAUCCCAUGGACAUCAACCACACCCACCAUAACACUUGGGAUUUCCAGCUCCCCAUCGAAGAACAAAUUCCCUAUAAUUCCCUUUGGCCAAAUCCCGCUCUCCAAACCCAUCAAGCUCCGCCGCCAGCCUCCUCCACAAAUGUAUUUCCUGUAAUGACCCAGUUCGAAGAAGAAGAAGAAGGAGAGGCAGAUGAGGAGCUUGGAGCCAUGAAGGAGAUGAUGUACAAGAUUGCCGCGAUGCAGCCGGUGGACAUUGAUCCCGCCACAAUCCAAAAGCCCAAGAGGCGGAACGUGCGGAUUAGCGACGACCCACAAAGCGUAGCCGCCCGGCACCGACGAGAAAGGAUAAGCGAGAAAAUCAGAAUCCUCCAAAGACUCGUCCCCGGCGGCACCAAAAUGGACACUGCCUCUAUGCUGGACGAAGCCAUUCGUUACGUGAAGUUCUUGAAACGACAAAUUCGUUUGCUGCAAUCAACGCAGCAGCACCCACAAGGCAGCAAUGGAGGAUUUGUGCCUGGAUUUACAUAUGGAGGUAAUUAAUUAGUGGGUAAUUAAGUAAAGAUUUGUGUAGUAAUUUGUAAUAAGGGAAUUGCUUGCAUCAAGUGUUUGAUGUAUGUGUAAAAAAAGUUGAAAUGUUUUUUAGGAAGGAGGGGGGAAAAGGUUGUUAGGAUAUUGUUGACUAAAAAGGCUGUGGAAUAAUCAUAACGGAUGGCUGGAGUUACGUACAACCAUUUAUAUAUAAUAUAGAAUAAGGCCUAUGGAAGUGUGGGAGUUGGCCGGAAAGUUUGUUUGGCCGACUCUCUUCCGGGAAUAAAACACUACUGACG